AUGCACGCAAAGCGUUCAAGCAUCUCUCUACUACUUCAACCUAUCAACAACGUCAAAUCGACAAUGACAGCACAAUCACUAGCACUGCAAAGGCUCAGCGUAGCUGUCGACAUGAGUGUCUUCCAGGAGAUACUCGAUCUGGACACGCCUUGCGAGCUCUUCAGCAAGGAAGUUGUCAGCGAGUUCUUGCUCAUGGCCCCAGAGCUCUUGGAUUCCAUGAACGAAAGCCUCUGUCGUGUCAAUCUAUCACAACUCAACACAAGUUCACAAUCAUUACGAUGUGCGGCAAUGGUGCUAGGCUUGACACGUAUCGAGAAGUCAUGUGCUCGUAUCGAGACAGUCCUAUCACUCGGCAUCGAUCUACAUUAUACCGGCUUCGGCCUCGGUCAGAUCUGUGAGAUCCUCAGUUACGCCGUGAGAGAUGCACAUUCGCAUUUCGAGUUGGCGAGGAUGGCACUGUCAUCGUUUUACGGCAUACCGUUGCCUUGUGAUGAUGUCUCCGACGCCAGUAUCGAGUUGUGA